AUGUUUCUCAAAAAGGAUACCCUGGUUCAUGUGCUGAGAUACCUGGAGUACCUGCAGAGUCACAUAGACUCCCUGGAGACACUGCUGCCAGGCUGUGACAGUGGCCCCUCAGAGCCGCGCACACCCCCCCUCAACAGGAAGUCAGCUCAGCGAGAGACUGUGUGCAGCCGACCCAGGAAGAGACAGCCAGCCAGCAGAGGCAGCGAGGGGGAGGGGUGUAACAGGAGGAGGAGACUGUAUGGGGCGGAGUCAAGGUGGGAUGACACUAACAGGGCAGGGCUCUCUGAUUGGCCAAUUUUCCACAACAUUAAUAGCUCCUCCCCUCGCCCCAGCUCUCAGGACUCCGAGUGGAGCUGCAGACAGACCCCAGGGGCCACAGCGACACCUACAGGGGGCGUGUCUGUCGCAGAUCUCAGGACCCCUGCGGAGGACCGUCCCUGCUCUGCCUGUGGAGAGCUAGGAGGCAGUGAGGAGGGUAGACCUAUCAGAAGCCAGGUCUUGGACUCUCCACACGCUGGGUCUGGGGGUCUCCUGCUGAAGGAUCACAUGCUGUGGUGGUACCCCUCCUCUGGAGAGGACGAGCCCCCCCUCACCCCCAGCUCCCCCCCACACCCCGGCACAGGCUCCUCCCCUCUCCGGACUCUGUGUUUUGGGGAGGGUCUGAACCUCUCCCCCUCCCUCCUCACCUCUCCUGCACGGGACCUGGCAGUGAGCUUCCUGCAGGAGGGGCAGGAGAACCUGCACGUCCUGUUUGAAGACGUGUGGGUCAGUGCCAUGCACAGCACAGAGAGUCAGGAGCACAGCACUGACAACACUGCCGAGGACAGUUUUUCAGAACUGUUUCUGUUUUAUCAGAUUUUUGGGACAGUCUGCUGGGGGGGGGCUGGCUCUCCUCUGCCAGCGAGGGGGAGGAGCGGGGGGACUUCACAUGGACCCCCUCUAAGCGUGGCCCCCCCGCGAGGCGGCAGGGGCCGACACAGACCCCGCCCCCGAAGGCCCCUGUAUAAACAAUCCCACCUCAAGAAGAAGUGUGUCAACGGAUUCAUCAUGUACUGCACACUGAACAGGAAGAGCUACCUGCGCUCACACCCUGGCAUCCCCUCCACUGUGAUGACCAAAAAGCUAGCCGGCCAGUGGCACAGCAUGAGCAAGCAGGAGCGCAGAGGGUACUGGUAAGAGAGAGAGGGAGGGAACAACAUGAUUAAGCAGGAGCGCAGAG